GUGGAAAUCUGCUUGAUUAUGACUCAAAUAUCCUUUUUUUUUUGAAAAUUCUGCUCCAUGACUUCGACUUCUGGGAAUUGGAGAUUCUGAAGUGACUCAAGGUCACUUUGCCCCGCCAAAGCCCUGAGAUGUCUGACGACUUGCGCGAUUUCGAGGAGCAGAUUAGACUUCAAAAUUCUCAGACUGUUGAUGUCGAAGUGAAAACGAGAGUCGAUCCAGAUGGGACUGUUAUGGAAUGGGAUGAACAACGCAAAGGGUGGUUUCCUAAAAUAGAUGAUGAUUUUAUUGCUCGUUAUCAAAUGAGUUACGGUGUUGCUACGAGUAAUCAGCAUGAGUCCUCUGUCGCUUCAGAUACUGCGCCCAGUACUGUAGACUGGACACGCUUCAACACAGAGUUAGCCGAACUUAGAGCGACCAAAGGUGAUAAUUCUGUGGAGGUACAACAGCUUAUGAAAGCUGCUAAUGAGUCGUUGACAGCUUAUUAUAAUUCUCCAGCCUAUCGAGAAUGGUACGAGAAUUACUGCAAGCAUAACGGAUCCCAAAAUACCCAGCCUAUUGAACAUAAGACUGAAAUAAAGAAAUCUAGCAACAAAGCAAAGCAUGAACUAAAGCCCUCGGAACGUAUGCUUAGUAGUUUCCUAGAUGAAGGAGAUGAUCCGGAUACUGCUUUGGCAAGAGUGGAAGCAGAAUUAUUAUCUGGCGCACAACCUGCAAAUUCUAACGACGUAUUGGAAGACAACGUGUGUGUAGACCAAUCACCUGCUGAUGAAGCACAGGUUGCCGCAGACGAUGCAAGUGAUCAUAAUCCUCGUAAAAGAAAGCAGACAGCCCCCCUUCCUGCCUGGUAUGAGAUAGACGAGAGUAAAAAUACACAUGUGUAUGUCAGUGGCCUACCCCCGACAAUAACCGAUGAGGAAUUCUCAGCACUAAUGUCAAAAUGCGGUGUUAUCAUGAAUGAACCCUUUACUAAUAUACCUCGUAUAAAAUUGUACAAGGAUCAAGCUGGUAUUCCUAAAGGUGAUGGGCGUUGCUGUUAUGUCAGAGUAUUAUAUGUUCAUCUUUAUUAAAAUAUUUAUGGGGUUAAUAAUCGAUCACACAUGUGUUGUAUAUACAUGCUUUUAAACACAAAAUAACAAUCCCCUAAGUAUAAUAUACAUCUCAUCAAACAAACAACGACAAUAGUAUAUGUAUAUCUAUCUAUGGAAUACUGAAUUCCAUUUAAAUUAAUCAAUCAGGUUGAAUCAGUGGAGCUUGCAUUAAAAAUUCUCGAUGGUAUGUUAUAUACACCUGGUUAUACUAUUCAUGUGGAACGUGCUAAAUUUCAACCUAAAGGAGAAUUUGAUCCUAAGAAACGUCGACGUUUAACAGUUAAAGAAAAGAAAAAAUUGAGAGAACAACAAGAAAAGUAAGAUUUAUAUUAGAGCUUAGUGUCGUCAUUUCUAUCCUAUAUAUUUUAUAUUUUCAUCACGGUAAUUUCGUCUCUUGUUAUACUGCUUCGUCAAGUGUGACAAUGGGAGUUAGUGAGUGUUUAUUCUCCUAACUAUUUUAUGUUAUUUAUGUAACUCAUUUACCAAGUACACCGAUCCAUAUAAUCAUUACCUACCUCGAUGGCCAAUGCUAACUAGUGUAAGAGUAGAUUGGAAAAAAAAGACAACUAAAGGCAACCAAACCAAAAUAUGGCAUCAGUUCAUGAAAUCAUCGAUUAUUGGUCUGAGUCGUGUUGGUAGAAGCAGACCAACUGAUUAAAGUCUGAGCGAUAAAUGCGAUCAGUGAUUGUAGACGUUCAGUCAAAUCAUUCAUAAUUGUUUACAAUGGCGAAGAUGCAUUCACUUUUUAUAUCACUUAAAUGCUAACAUUUGGCUCGUUGUUUUAAUUAACUUCGUUGCGUUUAGUUGAGUUGAAAAAGCUGGAUUAUUCCAUUAUCUCUUUCAUUCCAAAGUGUAACUCAGAGCUGACUUCACACUACCCGUGUAUUUGUCUGUUGAUUCUCAUUAUCAAAUUUCUUAGUCUACUAAGUGUUGGUAAUGUUCUGUGUUAAUUAAUACAAUUAAUGUUUGUCAUUGAUAACAUGCACCUGCUACCCUUCUUAGAAGAGACUAGACCACCCACCACGAUUCUCCAUCUAACUUUGUCCUGGGAAAUCCUUUUCAAUUGUUUCGAGUUGCUAUUCAUCCUUUUUGGCAAGGUUGUUUUCUACUGGAUGGGGUUGUUGAUCCUAUGCCGAACUCUCCUUUACCCGGGCUUGGGACUGGCAAUAACCCUAGAAGAGCUACAGGAGGAGUCAAUGAUAUAACAGAGGUAAACUUAUAUUUACUACUAGAAACCGUGAAUCGCACAUCGCAGAUAAGAGCACAAAGAUGAUGAAUGGGGACUUAUCUGACACCGAAAAUAAAUCUAAAUAUUACGUGAAUAAACUUUUUUUAAAUAUGUUUUAUUUACAUUGUUCAACAGUUGUGUAAUACCUGAUGAUAAUUACUCAUUAACUUACUGUAUGAACACAAAUGUACGAUAUCAUACAAUUAAACGGCUAUAACCAAUAGAUAUUACUAUUUUGCCAUGUUUUAAUAUUGUACUUAAACAUCUAACUACAUGCACACAUGACUGGAGAAAAUGAAUUUGGUAGUUUAUUCACAAUCUAAUAUGCUAAUUCCUUGCUCAUUAUAUCAAUCAAUAACGAAUGAGAGUUGUGACAUCUCAAUCUUUAUUUACGUAAAAUAAUUUCAUUGGGAUAACUUCUCCAAUAAUGAGGCGUUAGUGCUCACAAUUGAUAGAUCACUUGGUGGUGAUCAAUUUCAUGUUUGUCAAGUCCUUCUUAGUGCAAAUCGAAUGCUAUCGGCCACGUCGCGGCCCGGAUAACUUUGUGGUAACGUCUCUGAUUGUGAAGAUGGGUGACACGGGGUCGAAUCCAUCAGGGAGCACCAGUCCCCUCAAGAUUACAGGUACAUCUUUCUGACGAGUGCUAAGUAGCACGAAAGCCUGGUCCAGAGUUUCCUGUUGACCACCAUCUAAUGAGUUAAUGCAUAUAUCUCCAUAGUUUUAUGCCAGGACUCAAUGAAAGUUGUAUGCUACAUGCUUACAUUUCGCUUCAUGUAUAUUCUCCUUGGAGAGGUAGUUUUGUGACCUAAGUGCCCUACAAUUUUGCCCAUGUUGGAAGUCCAUUAGUAAUAGUAGUUUUACUGUGGUGUAUGUCACUUAUGUUGACAGAUAUAAGUAGGAUGUAACACCAUUCAGAAGUGAAAUGCCUGGCAGCAGAAGAUUGAAAUGAAGAGAAGAUGAAGGGAAAUAGAGAACAAUUGUAAUAACACCAGAACUGGAAGGACCAUGAAGCUUGUAAAGGACAACUCAAGGAAAAUGUGCAAAUAAUACAUUUAAUGUAUGGUUUUCAUAUCUUAAGAAAACUAAUUUUGCUUACUUACUUACGCCUGUUACUCCUAAUGGAGUAUAAACCGCUGACCUACAUUCUCCAACCCACUCUGUCCCGCACAUUCCUUUCUAGUUCUAUCCAAUUGUUGUUCAUUCAUCUCAUGUCUGUCUCAAUUUCUCGGUGUAAUAUGUUGUUUGUUCUUCCUCUUUUCCUUUGGCCUUGAGGAUUCCAUGCGAGGGCUUGCCUCGUGAAGCAGUUGGGUGCCUUCCUUAAUGUGUGUCCUACCCACUUCCAGAACUUCUUCCUGAUUUCUCCCUCCUCUGGAAUUUGGUUUGUUCUCUCCCACAGUAGGUUGUUGCUGAUAGUGUCUGGCCAACGGAACCGAAGUAUUUUGUGUAGACAACUGUUAAUAAACACCUGUAUAUUCUGGAUGAUGGCAUUCGUAGUUCUCCAGGUUUCUGCCCCAUAUAGUAGAACUGUGUUGACAUUUGUAUUGAAAAUCCUGACCUUGGUGUUGGUUGACAGAUGCUUUGUGUUUCAGAUGUUCCUCAGUUGUGAAUAUGCUGCUCUUGCUUUGCCGAUUCGCACCUUCACAUCUGCAUCAGAUCCAUCGUGUUCAUCAACUGUAAUUUUCCAUUCAACAACCGAUAACGUCCAAAUAAAGAAUUAUAACUGAAAUUUAAGUUUACAAAAUAUGUACUUGACUAUUGAAGUCCAUUGAAUUCAAUCAAUCUAUGUGUUAAUAAAUUGAAUUGAGUAAUUUUUACUAUUGUUCAAAUUGUAUAUUUCUUCUGUAAUUUCUUUCAAUUUAUCUUUAUUAGUUUAUUUCGAUGGAGUAUUGAUACAAGUAAAUUUAUACGUGGUAAAAAAGAACGAGUUGUUAUUCUUAAAAAUGCAUUUAAUGAAUUGGAUUUUCAGCAUGAUGUUACUUUAAUUCCAAUUGUAAGAGAACGUUUACAUGUACAAUGUGCCAAAUGUGGUGUUAUCAAAAAGAUUGUGGUUCAUGAUGCUCAUCCAGAAGGCGUCGUCAGUGUAACAUUUUCUACACCAGAAGAAGCAGAUACAGGAAUCAAAUUUCUAUCUAAGGCAUUAUUUGUUGAUUAUCCUGGUACUGGAGGAGCUAGACAAUUAGAAGCGGAACGUUGGGAUGGUAAAACUAAUUAUUCAGUAUGUGAAUCUAAAGAUAAAGAAGCCAGUCGAUUACAAAGUUGGGAUGAAUAUCUUGGAGGUGAUAGUUCUUCAUCCGAUGAAGAGACUAAUACUCAAGCUAGCAUUAGUAAUAGUGACAAUAAUUAUGCCUGUGAUGAUAAUAUUGAAUCCAGUGGAGUGAAUAGUACUUCACAAAAAUCAGAAUUAGCAUUUGAAGUACCAUCAGAUUAUUGGGAAAGAUUAAGUGAAGAGAGUCAGUCCAGCUGUGUAGAUACAGAUGAUGAAAAUGGUGGGAGUGGAGCUGAAACAUCAUAGAUUAUCUUCACCAUUAUAGUUUCUUUUUGCAUAUUUCAUUGUACAAAUAAUCUCUGUAUAUAUAUAUAUAUAUAUAUAUAUAUAUAUAUAUAUAUAUAUAUAUAUAUAUAUAUAUAUAUAUAAAUAAAUAGUCAAGCUUACUGAAAUUUUCGGUCGUUAUAGGUGAAGUUUUGUUCUCUGAGCUGGAUGAUUGGGUCGUGGAGAUUUCAUUGUUCUUCUGAACAACAUCAUCAGCACAAACUUCAGUUAGAAGCCUGUUAUUAUUUUCGUCACGGGAAACGCUUCGAGUACAUUGUAACCCUACAGUCCACUACCAUGUUAUUCUGAGAUUAUUCAAUUUUUAUCCCUCACUGAAUUACCACUGUCAUUCUAUACAUGAGUCAACGACUUUAAAACUUUAUUUACUAGCCAAACUGGUUUUUUUUAUUCAUCUCAUCGAUCUUCAGUAAUUGCACACUGAAUUUGUCUCUAGGCGAAGUUACUUUAGUUUUCUGGUUAAAUGUAUGCUAAUGUUUCAAAUAGUAUAACUGCUCGAUAUAUUCUAUGACUGAUAUAAACAAUCAACUUCCUAUCACAGUAUUAUAAGUCGUGCUCAAGUCAUUAGUCGAUUCUGAUUAUGUCUUUCUAUUAUACUAUUCUGUCUGUAACCUGGUCUCCUAGACGACCAUUCAUACGUCCGACCUACGCCGUUAACCUUAAGCCGACGCAAGCUAAGCUGUUAUUGGUCCGCCAUUCUCAAACUUUCCACCAUCCCUUGAGUCGAAAGAGAAGUCAGCAACCAGCUUCCAUUGUCCUCAAUGCAAUCAUGACUCGAAGCACACAAAAAUAUAUAGUAAAGUCUUGACUACAUCAACGAAGCUAAGAGAUUACAAUAAUAGCAUAGCAUAAACGGAAGAGGAUUGAGUAAUUGGUCCGUAGUAUAUUUGUAGUUAAUUAAGAAAGAUAAAACAAUAGUUUAUGCAUCACAGAAAAGUGUAUGCGCCUUCGUCACUGCAAGCAAUUUCGAGCCAUUUCAUUUAAUCUCAAACCAAUACGAAAGUCGCGCGGACCACAACUAAGUAGUCUGCAUCUACCAAGAUAACUCAGUUCGACUGUUAGUGACUUCAUAGACUAGUGCCACAUGUAAGUCUGGCUGUCGGCUUUCUUUCAACCUACUCUCACACCACAUCGCCCGUCAGAUGUUAAUUGAGCAAACGUAACACCUCACUUGAUAGAGCUUCAGUACCUCGUCAACCAAUCUGCCACUUCAGAUAUGGGAGUUUCGAAAGUUCAACUUUCCCAAUACUCAUUCCGUCCUGACAGCUCUAUCGACUUCAGCGGCGAUUUAGCAGCAUCUAAUUUUACAUGUCUAAUGUAUAAGAACGUGUACUUGGUUGGCGAGUUACCGCUGUAUGAUGGAUGGAUAAGAGAAAUUGUCAUUGAUAACCUGUGACCUAAAAUUCUGUGGAAAUCGCAUUGCAGAUUAUCACAAGCUUUACCUCUAAAACUGUUGAUCUGAUCAAUAAAUUAGAUUUGCUUUCUACGAACUAUACUAUCUAAAUUCGGGUACUAAGCAGUCUAACUACAAUGUAAUUAUGUCAUUCUAAAUUUUAUAGAAACAAUAAUGCACAUAAGAUAAUCACUGCCGGGAGAAGGUUUGCCUACAUGUACUUCGAAUGAAAUCCGGAUAAUUAGACUCGGUUGUAAAUUGUUCAGUGGUAACCAAAGCAAUUAAAUAGCCGACUACCAAUAAAAAGCGUGCGUUCAUCUUUCGGUAAGAGGUAGCUCAUGUAGACCAGUCAGUCAGCUACAACGUAGGACCAGGCACAUAUAUGCAUCGGUCCAAGUUGCCAUACCUCAUUAACACAACAAGAUGGACACCGGAUUCAUAAAAGUAGUUAAUUCAGAGGUGGUAAUAUGUAGAAGAAAGAUUGCAAUAAGAAUGUAGUACAGGAAGAAAGAAUUAGUUCGUAGACCAGAUACAAAUUGAAAACUAGAAAGCUUUAGUCCUAUGGAAUUACAGUGGAGUAUAGUCUAGCACAUUUAAGAUGACCAAAGUGGGACUUUAUUAGUCCGACAGAUGGGUCUUAGUUCUAUUGGUGGGCACAUGACCCCAAUAUUCUAAAAUUAAUGAAGUCAUGUGGUGAUUUACGUUAGUGAUUCAGUCUUUUGACACAAAGGGAAAACCAAGGUCCUCAAAUUCAAAGCGGAGAACAGCAAUCCAAUCACCCUUGAUGGCGAAACUCUGGAAGAUGUAGAAUCCUUCACAUAUCUGGGAAGCAUCGUCGAUAGACAUGGAGGUUCAGAUGCAGACGUAAAGGCGAGGAUUGGCAAAGCAAGGGCCGCAUUCCUACAAUUGAAGAACAUAUGGAAC